CUCGAACUGCAAUCGUGAAAGAUUGAAGACGUCAUUAUCUAAUAAUACGUGAGAAAUUUACGAACGUUGAAAAUUCCCAACGAAUUUAUAAACGUCUCUCUCAAAUAUACGCCACUUUAGCAAUUUUGUCCUUUAAUGAGAAGUGCUUAAGUGCGUUGUGAUCAACUUUCGUGAAGAAUUGGCGUUUUAGAAGAAACAGGUUACAGUUUAUUAAAGUCGCACUCAAUUUCUGCUCUACAAGUCUGACAUAUAAAUAUAUUUUUUCAUCCGUAAAACGUCAUUUAGAAUGGAAACUGUUAAUAUUCAUAUAAACGUUGACGAUGGUAUGCCACGAUUUCCUUUGACGUUUCGAAUUCCGCUUUCUUGUACUGUUCGUCGUUUGAAAGAAAUUAUCGAGAGUCAAGAAGGAUUGGGUAUAACAGAGCAAACUAUAUUUUUGGAUGAUGUAGAGCUAAAAGACAGACUAACAUUGGGGCAACAAAAUGUUGUCGAUGAUUCGUUUCUGGAUUUACACGUCAAUUUUGAUGAAAUUCCAUCACCAACACAUAAGACAAGCAGUGUUUCAUCACAACAUGAAGAUUGUGUUGUUCCUGACAUUGACAAUGAUGAAGAUGUUUUUAAUUUUGACAAACCAAAUUUUCCAACUGAUCCUCGAUCGUGGGAGAUUUCUAAUGUUAUGGAGUGGUUAAAGUGGACGGCAAGAAUGUACAACAUUAGAAAUAUUGACUUUGAUAAAUUCCGUAUGAAUGGGAAAGGUUUAUGUAUGUUAGCAAGGAAUGGAUUUAUUUAUCGAGUUCCACAUGGAGGUGAACAUUUAUACGAAGACUUUCAAAUCAGAUUACGAGAGGCCUCAGCAUCACAAAGUCAUCAACAAACCUUUUUAUCGCAUCCUCACAGAAGUUAUCCAUACCUUAUGAAUCUUCCUGAGGUGAAAUUCAGUCCACCACAACGUAAUUUUUACUCUGCAGGAACCUUACCCCUUUCUAUCCAUCCAUGCUUAGCUCAGGGACAAUACUCACCUGAAACAAGAUCACCAUUUGAAUACAACCAUGAUCCAAAUGUUUUUUUCUUUAAAUUUUAACAGUGACAUUUUCAAAGACCUUUAAUAUGUGAGCAAAGUAUAGGUUAUAUGGGUAGGUUUUUAUUAUGGAAAAGGAAGUUAAGACAUGUUGUAUGAAAUGACAGCAUACAAUCAAUAAGUCAUGUUCAAGUUGUUAAAAUACGACCAAUGUAUUAUAGUGAAAAUAUUAGUUUAUUGUGAAUGAAAAUUGAACCAGGUGUAUUAGUUAGGUAUGACUGUAAAUACAGAGCAGGUUUCUGUAUUUUUACUCAAUAGCAGUGGUUGUUUUGUAAAUACCUGGAAAAUAACGCGUGGAAAAAAAUGAACGUUGAGAUUGUGUUAAAAAAUUCAAUGUAGCUAAGUUAUUUUGUCAAAAUACAUAUAUUCAUCAAAAA